AAUUUCUAACGGAAGAAAAUAUUUCUCGCCAUUUUUUCUCCAGCAGCAAACCACCUCACCCUCCCUUGCUGGACCCAUGAAUAGUCGAGAGGUCGCUCUGGUCUCUACGGCCACUUUCGUUGGUGUUCUAGCCUCCGCUUUUGCUUAUCAUUUUUUCUUAUCCAGUUCUAAAAAACAAUGCUCUCAAGCCGAUUCGUCAAGAAACGGCGUCGUUUCCAAGAAUCGCCUCUGUCAGGAUCCUUUCGAUACCUCCAAACGCAAAGGAUAUUUGUCAUGGGAUGAUUAUUUUAUGGCAAUUGCAUUUCUAUCCGCUGAAAGGUCCAAAGACCCAAACAGGCAGGUUGGUGCAUGCUUGGUGAGUGAAAAUGGUAUAAUACUUGGCAUUGGGUAUAAUGGAUUUCCAAGAGGUUGUUCAGAUGACAAGCUUCCCUGGGCAAAGAUGUCAAAGUCUGGGGAUCCAUUGGAGACAAAGUAUCCGUAUGUUUGUCAUGCUGAAGUCAAUGCUAUCCUGAAUACGAAUCAUGCAUCUGCAGCUGGACAGAGGCUGUAUGUAACGAUGUUUCCUUGCAAUGAAUGUGCAAAGAUAAUCAUUCAGUCAGGUGUCUCGGAAGUCAUAUAUUUUGUAGAGAAGAGACUGAAUACGGACACUACAUAUGUUGCUUCGCACAAGCUGUUAUCAAUGGCUGGUGUUAAAGUUAGGAAACAUCAACCACAGAUGGACCAAAUUUUGCUGAAGUUCAAAGAGCCCUAGACUCGGAUUCUUGUACCAUUUUUCAUUUUGUCAGACGGAAAAUUACUAGUCAGCUCUCUUAUAACUUGCGGGACUGGACUUUAAGAUAUUCACUGUUGUGCAAGUAUUAGUUUGAGGCUCCCGACUCAAAAGUGUCUGCGUUGUGUGCUUUGAUUUGAUUUUUUUUUUCUGUCAUUUAACGGUUAUGCUGAUCAGCCUGAUUAGUUUAAGUCAUGUCCUAUAUUCUAGAAUUUACGCUUUUGGUAUUGGACCUUGGAUGCAUGAUUUGCGAAAGCUGGGGAGUUUUAUUGUGAACUAUUACUUUGCUUUCUAAUCUAUCUAAAGAAGUUCGACAA